AUGAUUACAAUGAUUAACAACAAAACUUUCAAUAGAAAAACUACGGGAACACUGAAGAAGCUGGUUUUGUCAUCAGACAAGUCACUGCGAAGAUCUUUCAACGGGGCAAGCAGUACUAAAGACUUCGUGUUCUCGGAAUCAAGUAAAGUAGAAGAAUGGUGGGAAUCAGCCAGAUUUAAGAAUAUCAGUCGUCCAUACUCAGCUACGGAUGUUGUAAAGCAUCGGGGCAGCCUUCCUGCUAAUACUUCAAUUUAUCCUUCAUCUUAUCAAGCUCGAAAGCUGUUCAACUUACUAGAAGAGAAUUUCAAGAAUGGUACUCCACUUCACACGUUGGGAGUUAUCGAUCCUGUACAAAUGAGUCAGUUGGCCCGUUGCAGAAAUAUCAAAGUUGCUUACAUAUCUGGUUGGGCUUGUUCUUCCACAUUAGUUGGAUCUACAAAUGAAGUAUCGCCGGAUUUUGGCGAUUAUCCAUACGAUACUGUGCCGAAUCAAGUGGAGAGAAUAUUCAAGGCGCAGCAAUUGCACGAUCGAAAGGCUUUCUUGGAGGCCUCCAUCAAAGGUUCUACUCCUGUUGAUUAUUUAAAACCAAUUAUCGCGGACGCAGACAUGGGUCACGGUGGCCCAACGACUGUAAUGAAAGUUGCUAAGUUGUUUGCGGAGAAAGGGGCUGCUGGUAUUCAUCUUGAAGAUCAGAUGGUGGGAGGCAAAAGGUGUGGCCAUCUAAGUGGGGCUGUUUUGGUGCCCACAGCAACACAUCUUAUGAGAUUGAUUUCCACCAGGUUUCAAUGGGAUAUCAUGGGGACAGAAAAUUUGGUUAUUGCAAGAACAGAUUCCUGUAAUGGUAAGCUGUUGAGUUCAAGCAGUGAUCCGAGAGACCACGAAUUCAUUAGGGGUAUAAUAAGAGAUAACGUGGUGCCUUGGAGCGAAAAAUUGAUUGAGAUGGAGGACAAAAAAAUUCCCAACUCCGCCAUUGCUGACAUGGAAAAAGAAUGGUACCAUGAAAAUGAGCUGUUUACAUUUGAAGAGGCCUUAGAAAAGCAGUUUACGGCAAGCGAGUUUGAAAGCUAUAAAGAAAAGAAGGAAGACCUUAUGGUAAACAAGCUGGGUAGAGCAUACCUAAGCUUAAGAGAAAUGAAACUUUUAGCUCAAGAAGUGACACCACUAAAGAAAAUUAUAUUUGACUGGGAUGCUCCGAGGACCAAAGAGGGAUAUUACAUGUUUAACGGUUGUAUUGAAGCAGCUAUUAGAAGAUCUUUGGUGUUUGCCCCAUAUUCUGAUAUGAUUUGGCUGGAAACGAAAACUCCUGACCUGGAGCAGGCACGCUCAUUUUCAAGAAAAAUUCAUAAACAACUUCCAGCUACCAAGCUAGUAUAUAACUUAUCUCCUAGUUUCAAUUGGAGCGCUCACGGCUUUGAUGAUAAGGCAUUAAAAUCCUUCGUAUGGGACUUGGCAAAAGAAGGCUUCACGUUGCAACUGGUUUCCCUUGCCGGUCUGCAUUCAGAUGGAGUAUCAUUCUGGGAAUUAGCCAAUAGCUUCCAAAGUGACGGAAUGAAAGCAUACGUCGAAAAAGUGCAAAAACGGGAAAAGGAGACUAAUUGUGAUAUCAUGACACACCAGCUAUGGUCUGGUGCAGAAUAUGUUGAUUCCUUAAUGAAAGUUGUCCAAAACGGUGCUUCAUCCCAAACUUUAAGUACAUCUGGUGAGAGCUUUACCGAAACGCAAUUUUGA